GCUCAUCAUUACCCAUGCACGAAUCUCGUACUCCUAUGCGCACUGGAUUUAAUAGAAGUUGCUCUCUCUGACUCUGCGUGAAGUCUCCUUGCACGGCCAGUUAAGAUGUUGCAUUUCGUUUUUCGAAUACAGCAGGACGCAAAUAGCUACGGGCAGCAUACUAGUUUUCAAUUUCAUAGUCUCCAACUAGCUCCUUUUUAGAUAGAGCGCCACAUCAUAAAAACAAGAAGCAUAGUUGAAGUUGUCCUCACCAGUUGUCAUAAGGUAUCACGGGGUAUUCGUAUUGUUCGCGACAUAGUUACAUACGACAAGAAGUAAAUAAAGGUCCUUCGUUCUACUUCGAACAUAUUUCAAUCCUGCGGCGACGACACGACAAACAAGACAACGAUCGUCACUACCUAGUGCUAGUUAGUGAAACGGAACGGCUAUAAAAUUCGUAGAUAUCUAUCCAGGGAACGAACCCAAAGCAACUACAGUGGAGGUACUUAUCACCGCGGAGCAUUUGAAGCAACGUAGUUUACUCAACAUAACGACACCUCAUCCUCACCUACCAAAUCGUUGAAGCCAUGGCGCAGUUUGGUCUCCGUCCGAAUAUCAUCCUCCUGCGGGACGGGACGGAUAGUUCCCAGGGCAAGCCGCAGAUUAUCAGCAACAUCAAUGCGUGCUGUGCGGUCGUGGACAUCGUGAAGUCCACACUAGGUCCCCGCGGCAUGGACAAGCUGAUGGUGGACGAGGGUGGUGAGGCUUUGGUCACCAACGACGGGGCCACCGUGAUGAAGCGACUCAAUGUGGUCCACCCGGCAGCGAAAAUUUUGGUGGACAUCGCAAAGUCACAAGACAUGGAGGUCGGAGAUGGAACCACAUCGGUGGUCGUGCUGUGCGGUAGGAAUUUUUGAUCAUGAUCAUGAUGUAGAUUUUUCUACUGCAGUUUUUCGUAUCUAAUGCUAGCGACUCCACGCAUAGCCAUUGGCAUAAAGCGGUCGUGUCUUUUUGUCAUGCCAAUAUGCAAGGCUGGAUCUCAAUCAACAACAAAAAUUAGGCGAGUUCCUCCGCGAAGCUAAGACGUUCUUAGAAGACGGCGUCGUGGCUCAAACCAUCAUAAAAGGCUACCGCAAAGCGGCAGAGCUGGCGCUGCAGAAAUUGAAGGACAUCAGCAUCGAUUUGUCCACAAAAGACCCGGCAGAAAAGACAAACAUGCUGCGGAAAUGCGGUAUACUUUUUUGAAUGGAUUUCUCUUUUUUCGUGUCGCUUCAAAUCUCCAUCUGGUGCAAAGGUUUUGUUACACUGGCGUGACAUGUAGUAAGUAGCGUUGUGGCGCUCGUUCUGCUGUUAACAGAAUCUCCAUCCUGCUUUGCUAAAUUAAUACACAACAGCGGAGACGACCCUGAACUCAAAAUUGGUGGCUGACUACAAGGAAUUCUUUUCCGAAAUGGUCGUUCGCGCGAUCCAGAUUCUAGGCGACGACUUGGACUACCGAGGAAUCGGAAUCAAAAAGGUAUAAGGUUAAGGAAUUUCUGUUGCACCAGAUGUUGCCUUUUGCGCAGACCCUGUAAAUAAGAAAGAGAACAAGAAGACACCUCCAGAGAAAAAACUUUCAUGUCAACAUCAGGUCACGGGCGGCAGUGUGAUGGAUUCCACGCUGAUCAAUGGCGUUGCCUUCAAGAAAACCUUCUCCUACGCCGGCUUCGAGCAGCAGCCCAAGAGCUUUGUGAAGCCAAAAAUCUUACUUUUGAACUUGGAGCUGGAACUGAAGAGCGAAAAGGACAACGCGGAAAUCAGAAUCGCCGACCCCAGCAAGUUCCAAGCCAUUGUCGACGCGGAAUGGAGUAUUCAUCUGCAGCUUCUUGUUCGUUCAACAGUAGAUGUACUACAGUUCUUAUCGAUCAGCACAAGAUGAAGAGCCAGAUCCGAUGGCUAUGAUGCAAGCAUAAUGUAAGACUAAGAUGACGAUUGUCUUCCUGUAUCGCUAUCGUCGUCCUCUACUUCUCCGACCACUAAAACAUUACAAUAUCCCCACGACAGAUAUCAUCUACGAGAAACUGGACAACAUCGCUAAAUCCGGUGCCAACGUCGUCCUCUCCAAGCUCGCUAUCGGCGACCUCGCCACCCAGUACUUCGCCGACCGCGACAUUUUCUGCGCCGGCCGGGUCGAGCACGCCGAUUUGGACAGGACGAGACGCGCCACAGGGGCGGCUGUCCAGACGACAGUUACCGCGGGGCUGGACCCGAGCGUCUUGGGAUCCUGUGGAAAGUUUGAAGAGGUGCAGAUCGGAGCGGAGAGGUAGGAUUUGAUACAUCGUUUUGUUUGACAGGCUGAUGAUUCUUUUCCAGCAUGAUCGUCUUGGUUUUUUCCCAAGUCUUCUGCUAAAAAAAUCGGCUACACAUCACGCAAAUCGUCUUCGCACGACAUCUUCAUAGCACAACAUCUUCAUAGCACAACUUUAUUUGUCAACAACAUGCUCUAUUGAUUGCUUGAGCAUGUUGAUCUUGAUACAACAUCACAGGUGGAACCUCUUCAAAGACUGCGAGAACACAAAGGCCGCAACAUUGAUUAUCCGUGGAGGCGCUCAGCAGUUUGUGGACGAGGCCGAACGAUCUAUCCACGACUCAUUUAUUAUGAAUGUGUCAGAGUUGAAAUCGACAAAGUUGAAAUAAUUUGCCAUGCAUAAAAUGGAUGCCAGUUGGAGCCCAGUUUUCAAGUGGCGCAUGACAAAUUUCGGUGGUCCCUAAAUCCAGUCUGUCAUGCUGCUUAGGCAAAGAAGAGUGAUUUUCUCAUGCUACUUUAGCAGCUCGAGCUGUAACCCCAAACAGGCUUACAAUCGGCCUCACUUGCCUGCUCUGCAACACACGUGCCUCGGGUCAUGCAUUUUAUGCAUUACAAAUUAUUUCAACUUUGACGAUUUCAAACCUGACGCUUCCAUAUUUAUGAUCGUGAAGAGCGCGACAAAGAACACCGCGGUAAUACUACUUCAGGGUUUAAAUUUCAAUCUAUAUUUCUUUCCGAUUAUACUUGCGAGCACGGAGUCGGAGCACAUGUGGUAUGACUAUGUAUGAUCAUGAUGUUCGUGUUCUUAUCUUUGCUGUUUCUAGAGUUUGUCUUUGUCAUGCCACCAGAAAACUUCCACUUAUCACAACGAACAGAUUGUCGGCGGAGGCGGUGCUAUCGAGAUGGAGCUUUCCCGCUACCUUCGGGAGUACGCGAGGACCGUGCCGGGAAAGCAGCAACGGGUCAUCGAGAACUACGCCAGAGCACUGGAAGUCAUCCCCAGAACACUCGUCCAGAACAGUGGUAAGCUCUGGAGAUGGUUUUUAUUCACUGUUUCUGUCGCACUUAGUUCUAGUUCGUUGCAAAAGCAACAUCAAAAAAGGGGCAGGUAUUGAAACAAAGAUAGAAUUUCUGAAUCUGAUGCAAAAUUUCAUGACUUUCCUGCAGCGCCGCAACGAAUCAACACAAAUCAAAUGCAUUCUUUUAAUCCCCCGCAACGAAUCAACACAAAUCAAAUGCAUUCCCAUGUUUAUUUGAUCCCCAGGCGGUGACGCCACGGACGUGAUGAACAAGCUCCGACAGAAGCACACGGGCGCUUCCAGCACGGAGUCCCGGUGGUUUGGCGUGGACUGCAUCGAUAUGAAAUGCAAAAAUGUCUGGGUCUGGAAGAAUGCAUGUUUGUCAUGCUUGUCUGGCAUGACUCUUAAAUCUGUCACGCACGUUGCCCAAGAGCCGCAUUUUUCUGUCAUGCGGAGACGCAGUUUGUCAUGCAGAAUAGGCAACACCUACAAGCUCAGAAAUUUGUCAUGCUGAGCCAGCACUUGUGGCCUCAUCAUGAGAUGCCACCCAGCAUCACAAGUUUCCAGACCCAGACAUUUUUGCAUUUGAUAAUCGAGAACGGCGUGAAGGACACCCUGGCGAACUUCAUCUGGGAGCCGAUAUGACAGCCUCAGAAUGGAAAUCCUGAAAGUGGAAAUAAUUUGUAAUGCAAAAAAACGACUCCAGUCGAAGCACCAUUUCUAGUCGGCGCAUGACAAAUUUCCCGGGCACUCAAAACGUGUCUGUCAUGCUAGUUAGGCAAAGGGGUGCCCGUCUUUCGUGCUAAUCAGCAGCCCAAUUCUGAACCCGUAGAAGCACAAUAGUCGGCCUCCAUUGCGUUCUCUGCAAUACAGUCUUUUACUUUUUGGUGUCGCAUUUCAUGCAUCACAAAUCAUUUCCACUUUGAGGAUUUCCAUUCUGAGGCUUCCAUAGCCGACCACCGUGAAGGAAAACGCCAUCUACGCCGCGACUGAGGCCUGCAACCUCAUCCUCUCCAUCGACGAAACCAUCAAGAACCCGCAGUCCGAGCAGCCGAAGGGCGGCAAGGGCAAGGGCGGCGGCUAUUACAAUGAAAAAUGCCCCCACCCCCGAACUUGGGAGCAUUUGUAUUGCAAACCUUUCCAAAUGAAACAUUCGCCCUCUUGCAUCUAUCAGCAUCACAGGUUUCCAAUCGUGAAGAGCAAGAAUUUGUCUUGCAAAAGACCCCAGCAAGAGCGGCGCUUGUCAUGCAAGCGAUGCGACACACGCCUAGACUCUGCAUCAGAAAGAUUCAUACUCCUUUCAUGCAUGACAAAAGGUUUUCAUUUGGAAACUUCGCAUCACAAAUUUUUGCAAUUUCAGGGGUGGGGGGCAUUUUUCACUGUAAUAGCGGCAAGGGCUUCACCAACCAAAUGGCCGGCAUGGCACGGGGCGGCAAGGGCAGGGGCAUGAAGCAACUGAGGAACACCAUGGCGUGAGGUGUUUCGAGAUGAUGUUCUUUACGACGCUCUCCUUUCUUCGCAAAAGUUCUUGCAGUCGAGGUUGUGUGCGUUAAUGUCGUGCUUCUGAUACAAGAAAUCAUGUAUCGAUCAGCUUCAGCACGGAAGUAAAACAGGUGUAUGCUCACUAGCAGCUGCUGCUAGUGCAGCAUCAAACACCCAGCAGCCCUUCGCGGACGUACACUAAAUAAUUGGUGGAACAAGCGGUGGGACGUACCUGUGGUCCAUGAUAAUUACAAGCACAACAACUCCAUCUGUUUCUGCUGCCGCAGACGGUAGUAGGCCGCACAUCUUCAGUCAGCUGAGCUUACGACUUUUUUCAACAAGAACUCUUGGGAGCAGUACGGCACCAAUUUACAAUUUGAACUCCUUUUCGAAUUUGUCCUAACCUGUUCUUCGAGCGAGUUUUUUAACCGUGGACGUCUGGUAUGGCCUUCAAGUGAACGUCGGGUGUUUUUUAUGGACGAAGGAAAU